AUGAAGUACUUAAAAAGCUGUGAUGAAAGAGUCAUUCAGGCUACCUCCUCCACUUCCAUUAAUGGUUCCUCACGAAUCAACACAAGAUGUCAGAUUACGAGAUUACCACACACAGAGGUUAUGAUCAAUGCUUGGGCGAUUGGGAGAGAGGCUGCGACGUGGGGACCAGGCGCGGAUGAGUUUAGACCAGAGAGGCAUUUAGAUUCGUCUCUUGAUUUUCGGGGUCAAAAUUUUGAGUUGAUUCCGUUUGGAGCAGGGAGAAGGAUUUGCCCAGCAAUAUCAUUUGUUGUGGUAUUGAAUGAGGUGGUUUUAGCUAAUUUAGUGCAUCAAUUUGAUUGGAGAAUACCGGUCGAAUCUAUAGAAGAUCAAACAAGUGUCGCUGAAUCAACGGGUAGUGUGAUUCACCGCAAGUUCCCUCUUUACGCCAUUGCAUCACUUAACUAA